UCACACACACACACACACACACACACACACACACACACACAGCAUGGUUGUCGAUUUCUCUCUCGCCGACGAUUGUUGACAUUGGAAAGUUAUCGAUCUGAUUGUCAAAACUGGAAUUAUUAUUCAACCAAACUACCCAAUACGCUGUGGACUUGUGCUGUUAGCUUGUUUCAUCAUGUUGAAAGUUGGCACCAGAGUUUGUCACCAUUGCCAUCGGACCCACACUUACUCGGCCCUCAUCCAUACCCACAAGAAAACCACAUGGUCAUCGAAACGAAUCCGCAAGACAUUCUUAGAUUAUUUCUGUGAAGAGAAUGGCCAUCAGUUUGUGAAGUCAUCAUCUGUGAUACCCACGAAGGCAGCUGGUACUUAUUUUACCAAUGCAGGAAUGAACCAAUUCAAACCGAUCUUCCUCGGAGACAGUAACCUCAGCAGUGAAAUGGCUCAUCACAAGACCGCUGCCAAUAGUCAGAGAUGUAUUCGGGUUGGCGGAAAACAUAAUGAUUUAAACGAUGUGGGCAAAGAUCUUUGCCAUCACACCUUCUUUGAGAUGUUGGGCAAUUGGUCCUUCGGAGAUUAUUUUAAGGUACUGAUUCCUGCAGAGAAGAUUUUACCAUUUGAUGUGAAGGACAAUUUCUGGGAAAUGGGCAACACAGGGCCAUGUGGUCCUUGCACAGAAAUCCAUUACGACCACAUUGGCAAUAGAAACGCUGCUCAUUUGGUUAACACUGGAUCUUCGGAUGUUGUUGAAAUAUGGAAUCUGGUAUUUAUGGAGUACAAUCGAAUGACUGACCAAAGUUUGCAGAAACUCCCCAAACAACAUGUAGACACGGGACUUGGACUGGAGCGGUUGUGUUCAGUUCUUUCUGGUUCCAAAGACAAUUACAGCUCAGAUUUGUUUCAAGGAAUAUUUAACAGAAUUCACAAGGUGACUGGUUCUGCUCAAUAUAAAGGUAAGACUGGAAUGGCUGAUGUUGGUGGCAGAGACGAGGCCUACAGAAUUGUUGCUGACCAUAUAAGGAUGUCAACAAUAUCCAUCGGUGAUGGCUUGUUACCUAGCAGGGAUGGCUUAGGACACAAACUGCGCCAUGUCAUCCACCGAGCUCUCCACCAGUCCCACACCAUCUUCCAAGCCCCAGCUGGAUUCUUUGGAUCAUUGGUCAAUGAUGUCGCGGAAUCAUUGGAAGAUGUCUUCCCUGAAUGCUUCCAAGAUAAAACAAUGAUCCAAGAGAUUCUGGACCAAAGCGAGAGGCAUUACUUGGAGAUGUUACAGGAUGGCUACCAUUCUUUCAAAAGACUUCUCAACAAACUUGGUUCUCAACAUUUCACUGAUGAAAACAUCAUGCAGUUAGCUGAGGGCCGGUUUGGUCGACCGGUCCCUGUCGAUGUUCUGUGCAAUAUUGCAUGGGAGAGAGGUUACCAGGUGGACAUUGAUAAAAUUCAGGAAGACUUUUUAAAACGACAGCUUCAACCCAGUUUAGAGAAACCAGCUGUACCAAAGGCUCUUCUGGAUCCUGACCUAAUAUCAAAGCUUCAGGAAUCUUCCAUUUUGACCACAGAUGACCACUACAAAUACCUAUACACCAGUACUAAUGGUGUUUACAGUUUUACCGAUGUCCCCGGCAGCUGCGUGGUGGCUUUGAUCCAUAACGAUUUUUUGACUGAGAAGGUUUCUGCUGGAGACAAGUGUGCUGUUCUUUUAAACAGGACAUCUUUCUAUGCCGAGGCUGGAGGUCAACAGUCUGACCUGGGUCACAUUGUUGCAAAGAAGACAGGUGCUAAGUUCCAGGUAACCAGUGUGCAACAGAUGCAGAAUUAUGUAGUGCAUUUUGGCCAGGUGCAAGAAGGCAGUUUCAUGAAGCAGGAUUUGGUUAGCUUGCAGCUGGAACAGGAUGUGAGACAAGGCUGUAUGUGUAACCACACGGCUACACAUUUAUUAAACUCUGCCUUGCAACAAAUCCUUGCUUCUCAAGUCCGACAACUUGGUUCUUCAGUCAUGGAACACAAAUUCACAUUUGAUUUCUCCUGUCUGGAAGACAUGUCUGCUGAGAAGUUAAGUGCCAUCGAGAAAACGGUUCAGUCUGCGAUCAGGCAACAGUUGCCAGUCUACAGGCAAGAACUUAGAAAAACAGAAGUUAUGGCACUGGACUGUGUCACCUACAACCCCAACGAAAUUUACCCUGACUAUGUCUACCUAAUCAGUGUGGGGCUACCCAUCAAUGAGCUGAGGUCAAUUCCCCCUUCUGAACAAUCUAAAUAUUCACAGGAACUCUGUACCGGCACACAUGUCCACAACACAAGUGAUAUCGGCCAGUUUAUCAUCACCAACUUCUCAGGUGUAUCACACAGCACUAAACGAAUGACGUGUGUUACAGGAAGACUGGCUGAUGAUGCCAUCAAGAACUUAUCUGAAAUUCAGAAACUCUUCGAACAGUUAAAGAUGUCUCUUGGAAUGAAAGAAGCUGGAGAAAGUUUGGAGCGGCAGUUAAAGACGAUCUAUGCAAUGUUGGGUCAACAACUCCUACCCAAGGUGAGUCGUGACAGACUAAAGACCAACGUCACCUUAUUACAAGAGAAAAUCCGACAGAUAAGGAAUGCAGAUGCCAGUUCAGAUCUUGCUAUGGCCAUGAAGAAGAGACUGGAUGAGAAAGAGUCAGCCCAGUACGUUAUAUGUCACACUGACUUUGAUGGACCUCGGCAGGUGAGAAAAGCCCUGAGGCACCUCCAUCUUACCUGCCCAAUUGUAGCUGUUUCUUCUCUCAAACAAAACCUAUCAGUUGCUGUAGUUACACCAAAGGACUGGAAUAGAGCAGUGAAUGCAUCUGCCAUUGGACAACACCUGGGCCAGGUGUGUGGAGGAAGGGGUAAAAUCAGCAAAGAGGUCAAACCUGGUGACCCUCCAAUGUAUUUUCUCACAAUGAAGGCCACCACCGACUUAGAAACCGUCCUGUCUGAAGCUAAGAGUUACCUCCACAACAUCACUGUCGAAACCCAAGAAGAAUCUUUACGUUGAUCCCCCACCCCCCAUAGACAUUAUUUUUUAACAACACCAACUUGGACACUGACCUGUUUAAAACUUGUAGCUAUUUUUCUAUAGGUCAAAUGGUUUAUCUGGAGGGGUAGUUGUGAGGUCAAUGAGGAGCAGUAAUGGUCAGGUCAAGGGAUCAAAACUUACUACUGUCAUUGUAUCGUGGACUUGAGCAAGACAUGACUCUACUUUCUCCAGUUUAUUUUACUAAACAAAUAAAAGUGCUGUGUUUCUAUUCUUUACUUCACUGAUGAGUGGUCAGUGGCAGGAAAGGGUCAACUUUGGCCUUAGACUGACCAAAGCCUUGUGAUGGGGGUUUCAUAAAAGGAAACUGGAAGAAGCCCUUGUAAUUCCUAAUAGAGAUCCCAGUUUAAUUCUUUCUUCAGGUCUUUGGGUGCCUUUAGCAGGGUCCAGCCUGUUGCUGACAUCCAGGACUGGUCCCUGGUGCCUCUCCUCCCCUCCCACGCUCUUUCUGCAGAUGUUUAACCUAUGUUUAAGACUUCACUUCAGUCUCACCUGUGCAGGUGUGUCUUGGAAUGUUAUAAACAUUACUUUACCACCUCUCACUAGCCUACAAUAUAUAUAUAUAUAUGUGUGUAUAGAGAUACACACAUACACAUACACACUCACCUUCAGCCCCCUACAUACAUGCAUAUACUCAUUGCACACAUACAUAAGUAUACAUACACAUACAAGGUUCCAUACAUACAUUACAUAUAUAUAUAUAUAUAUAUAUACACACAUAUACAUACAAAGGAAAAAAGAAUUUGAUUUUUUUUUUAACUUCUCGUUAAAGAAAACAUGUUUUUCAGUUUAUUUUUUCUCAUAAAACUGGUUUUUGUCUUUAAAUGAAUAAAUAAAUGCAACUUACCUGGAGAGGCUAUGAAUGUGUAGAUGUGUGUGUGUGUGCAAGUGGUAGUAUGUGUGAGUGUAGACCUUUGUAUGUGUGUAUGUAUGUAUGUGUGUGUGUGUGUGUGUGUGUGUAGUUCUCUGUCCUCUCUCUCUGUUAUAGUUUUUGAUAGAAAUUAACUCAAAUAUUUCCAGAAAUAUGAAAAUAUUACACUUCCUACAAUCUGGAGUAAUUGAUUGAUAUUGAUUAAGUAAAUGACACCGAUUAAAGGUGUUAUAUUAUACAGUACUGUAUAUCUAAAUCUCUAUAUAUCUAAACCUACUAAUCUAUUUAAAUAUGUUACUUGCACUAUUAUGUAAUUAAUAGUACGACUAUUUAAUUAAAGAUAUUAUAUAUCUUGUGUGUUGGCGGGGUGAGGUGGGGUCAUUGCACCAAUAAUAAUAAACACAUGCACCGUUUCAAUAUCACUUGUUUAUUGUUAGCCAACUGUUUAAAUAUCUAACCAAAUAAUCAGUUGUUUGUUUAAUAUGUCGGUUAAACGGCGGCGAGCUGGUAGAAUCGUUAGCACGCGGGGCGAAAUGCUUAGCGGUAUUUCGUCAGCCGUUACGUUCUGAGUCCAAAUUCCGCCAAGGUUGACUUUGCCUUUCAUCCUUUUGGGGUCGAUUAAAUAAGUACCAGUUAAGCACUGGGGUCGAUGUAAUCGACUUAAUCCCUUUGUCUGUCCUUGUCUGUCCCCUCUAUGUUUAGCCCCCUGGUAUACAUAAUAUCUUAGUAGGCAAAAGCAGAAAUUAUAACAUGACAAUAGGUUUGGAAUCGGUAAGUUAAGAACAUCCUGGUUUUGAGAUUUUUUCUGUAAAUAAAACAUUUAAUGAACAUUUGCAAAGAGAAGCAGCAAAUAUUUCAGCAAAGAUAAUUCUCGUAAAUUAAUGUCUAGUAAUCAUAUUCAACAAAAAAUUAAUUCACUUCCAAGUUAUUCCAAAUUAUUUAAACAAAUCAAACAUUGGUAAUGAUGGAACUCUUGAUCUUCACCUCUGAUAUCAAUGGAAUUUUGUUCUUUGAAUAUUUUCAACUUUUCUUUAUU